AUGCACCUCAUCACCCUGUCGGGGCACUUGGCCAUUGUGGCUGUAACGUUGAUUGACUCCGCCCUCCAAACCCCCAUGUAUUUCUUCUUGCGCAACCUGUCUUCCAUCGAAGUCUGCUAUACCCUGGUCAUCGUGCCCAAGAUGUUGUCCAACUUCCUGGCCAAGAGCAGAAGAGUCUCCUUGACGGACUGUGCCACGCAGAUGUAUUUUUUCAUCGCCCUGGGGGGUGCGGAGUGCUUCCUCUUGGCUGUGAUGGCCUACGAUAGGUACGUGGCCAUAUGCAAUCCGCUGCGCUAUGCUAUCAUCAUGAGCCGGAGCUUCUGCGUGCAGCUCCUGGUGGUGGCUUUCGUCAGCGGCUUCACAAUCUCACUGGGACUCACCACCCUGAUUUUCAGGAUGCCCUUCUGUGGCUCGCAUAAGGUCAAUCACUUCUUCUGUGACAUCCCGCCCAUGCUCUUCCUGGCCUGUAGUGACACGCAUGCCAACGAGUUGGCCAUGCUCCUCGUCUGCAUGAUGAUCUUGCUCAUCCCAUUCCUUCUCAUUCUGGUUUCCUAUGUCUUCAUUGCCAAUUCCAUCUUCAGGUGGUCUCUCUGA